CCUCUUGGCUUCGUUGGGGGAGCUGCUUCAGAUAUAUAUUUGAAAGAAUUCUCCAAAACACUAUAGAAGGGUUGCGAAUGAGACAGAUCAGCAAAACCAUGAACGUCCUUUCUCCUUGGUCUCUCUUGUUUGCGUUUUUGAGUGUGAUAGCUGUUGAGUGCGCCCCCCGAGGUCGUAUCCUAGGAGGGAGGGAUUCUUCUUCUAAUGACAGGCCGUACAUGGUAUCUGUGCAGCUGGAUGGAGCCCACCACUGUGGUGGGUUAUUAAUCUCUGACCAGUGGGUACUCAGCGCAGCACACUGUGCUGCUCCCAGUAAUAAGACACUACGUGUAAUGUUGGGCUCCAACUCUCUAAAGGAAUCCAGCAAAUACAAACUGGAAUAUGAUGUCAAAACCCAGAUUGUCUAUCCACUAUACAACAGUUCGCGUAAACAUGACCUAUUGCUCCUGCAGCUCCCCCAAACGAUUCCCCUGAGCAAUGCAGUGAAACCCCUGCCUUAUCAGAUGGAGGACAUUGAUAUUCCGGAGGGUACGCGUUGCUUAGUGGCUGGCUGGGGACAGAUCAAGCUCACAGGCAAAAGACCUGACAUGUUGCAGGAGUUGGAAGUCCCUGUGAUAAGCAAUGAGAGGUGUAACCGGCGUGAUUACUAUGAUGAUGAGAUUACCGAAUUUAUGAUGUGCGCUGGGGAAAACAAGAAAGACUCCUGCGAGGGAGACUCUGGGGGACCUCUAGUAUGUAAUGGAAUUGCCGAAGGAAUUGUGUCUGGAGGACAUCGAAAGUGUGGCAACGCCAAAAAGCCAGGUAUCUAUACACGCAUCGCUCCCUACAAAACAUGGAUACAAGAGGCCAUCUAUAAUACAACUCUUCUGCAUACCACAACUGCCCCACCUAUGUGAUCACAAGUAAUAUCCAAUGGAGUGAAAUGCAUUGCAAUAACACAAAAAUACUAUAAUAAUAUAAUACUCAAUAAUACUCAGCUUGUAAUAAAAUAAACUGGAUCUACAAGGUUUUAUUUCUGAAGCAGAUUUAUUAGAAAGUGAAUAGAAGAACAGAAUAAAAAUCUUUUCACUUUA